UGUGUGUGUGUGUGUGUUUGUGUGUGUGUGUGUGUGUGUGUGUGUUGAGCCCAUACAUUGUCUAUAUAUUGAUAUUAAAGGUCUAUGGUUGAGCCCCAGCAGCCUGGCUGAAAUUAUUAUUUUUUUUUUGUUGCUUUGUGGUCGUUGUGUGAGUAAAUGUGACCGGUUGUGGUUUGUUGUUUUUGGUUAUUACAUUAAUUUGGACUAAAUGUGAUGCAGCAUGAUGUCAUAGGCCUACUCAUAAAGAAAGUGAAAGCGCGUGAAAGUGAUGGAUUCAGUGUUUUUUUCUUCUGGUGUUGGUUUUAAAUGACUUACUUACAUUUUAUAUAUAUAUAUAUAUACUUAUCUAUUUUUUUUCCCCCAAGUAAAAUUAUAAUGUUCCCUGUAUGGAAAGGAACAUCUUUUUUUCGUAUGAUGCUGAAUUGUUUAAACAUUGUAUAACAUGUUUGUAAAAUUUGCAAAAUAAAAAGAGAGAGAGAGAGAGAGAGAGAGAGAGAGAGAGAGAGAGAAAGUGAUGCUUCAGUCACCUUGUAAUCUUGUCUCUGCAAUAGUAUAUUGAGACUCUCUAGCCAGGUGUUGACCUAACAGGAGACGAUGACUGCAAUUGUUCUUUUUAUUUUAAUUAUUGUUUUAAUUGAGAGACUCCUAGCAGCAGAAAAUUACAUAUUGUAUGUUUAAACGGAUGUAGUCCAUAGGACAUAACCAACGUUGUACUUCCGGGAUUGCUCCAGUGUCUUUCAUUUAGGCCGGAUGGCCGUUAACUUGGGCUUUCUUUGUGUUAGCGUUGCUGAGCGCCUCGUUUUUUCCGCUGUACGCGCCUCACAUUUUUUCAGGAGCUGUGUUGAAAAAACUCAAAACUCGGAUUAGAAAAACACCCGACGUCAUUUGCAUUUUUUUCCUUAUUGUCCAAUUGGGUGAAUCGAGAAGUGGGUCUCGUCUGUGGCUUUCAUUAAUAAAAAUAAAAUGCUUCAAGCUGAUCUUAUUGUUUUCUUUAAAAUUUUGACUUCAACAAAAAAAGGCAGUGUCGUGUAACCUGCAAAGAGGUGCUCUGUCUGUCAUCAUCGUUUUGUCGUAGCAAAAGUCUGGUGUCUUGCUGCUUUCAUACGUGUAACUGACCUUUUGUUGAUGGUCCAUCAUAGGAUUGUUUUCAGCCAUGUGCAGCCAUUGACGCUAUUCAGAGAAAUUGACUCACUAAGACCACUCAGUGGUCUCUGUCCUCUAACCUGCUGGGUUCAUUUCAGCAUGUGGAUUCUGAAGGAAAAGAUACAUAAUUCAUUCCCUGCCCUUUGACCUCCUGUGAGCCAUCUUGAAACCACUCUGUGAUGUGGUGGAAAUUACAGCCCUCCAUGUGUCCCUUAUUUAUCCAUUUGAAUUCAUCACGUCUCUAAGCAGACAAAAUAGAGCUAUUCACCUUCAUCUUUACGAAGAGAACAGCUUUCAAAAUUACAGUUGUGACCUUUGGCCGUGAUGAUGGAUGCACCCCCGCAGGAUACAUGACAAUAAAGUACAUUUAACAGUUGUAAGUUGUAAGCAAAAUCCCUGAAUAUAUAAGAGUGCUGAGAGCUUGGUCCCAACACUCAUUAGGUGAGAACUAAACAUUGUAGAUACCAUGAUUUCUGUCUACUCUGUCCUGUACACUCUGGUGCUGUUCUCUGAGCUGAGCAGCCACUUGGUCACUGUAGCCAUGCCGGCCGCUAAAGGAGACGAGGGCGCAACGGAGCAAAACGGCCUGUUCCUGGGGGAUGAGUCCAUGACUGAGCUGGCUGGGGUUCCCCUCUCGUACAGACGAAACCUCCUGCUCGACACCAACGCGAGGGAUGAAGACGGAAGCCCGAAAAUCCUCAUUGUCUCAGACAUGGGGCUGAAAGGACACGGUAUUCGUGGGCUGAACCCGAACCCAGCCUUCACCCGGAGCUUUCCUCUGCUCGCAGACCGAAGCUUGAGCUACACUCCUGCCGAGCACAGUUUGACCAUUGGUCGCAGAAACACUGACAAUGGCAUGCUGCGGUGUAUGAUAGGAAGAGUGUACCGGCCCUGCUGGGUAGAAUAGUGCUGCCUUCCUGCCCUGAAUGUGCUGUAAAAAUGUCCUUAUACUGUAUGUUAUCAUGAAAUGUAGAAAAUGAGUACAUAAACAUGUAAAACCAAAUAAAAGUUUAUUUAAAGUCUG